CUCAUGCAGAGAAGGUUCAGAGCAGUUGGAUUGCAGUUACCAGGUUGCUUGCAUUGGAAUACAGAAAUGGCUUGUGGAGUUCAUUUGGGGAUCUUGCUGAUUUGCUUAGUUCAAGCAGAGCAUGUGCGUUGUCUGUGGGCGACUCAAGCUCAGAGACCAAACAGCAACACGUAUGUUGGCUUCACAGAGCAGGGCAGUGGAUUUGAUGAAAGCGAUCCCCAGGAUCAAUUCAGACAGGCCUCUGGUUCUCCUGGCUCAGCCCAGAGCAGUAGCCUCAACACAGACCCUAUUGGCAGUGAUUCUAGCCAGAGAUUUCCCAAUAGUGGCUACACACAAACUCUUUUCCAGCCAGCUAACAGUGGCUAUGAUUCAGUAAAGUUGGUGCAAAGCAGCGCGCAGUCAAAACCUAACUGGCGAACAACUAAGUUGAAUUGGGAACAUUUACAAAAGAUGCCAAAAAAGCGCAUAUUUGGCCUUUCUGCUUCUAUUGCUGGUGGCAGGUCACUGAGUAAGUACGAUCAAACUCCGAUUAGCAAGAAGAGAACUUGGCCAGUCCAGCAGGGUACCCCAAGUAAGAGCAACCAUCGGUCCAGCAGUUCUGAAUCUUUUCAGGGUCCAAGAGAAAGUUACUCCUUCAAACCCUACUCUCAUCAGACAGCAGCACAGAAGGCUUUAGUUAAUUCUGAAACACCAGCCUACACUGGGCUAAUGGGUUCUACUAUGAAGUCUUCACGCCCCUCUAGCGGAGGUGCUGCUGAGCCACGAAGAAUCCCUGUUCGGACAAAAACCUCAGCUAGUGCCCCUGCUAGAAGAGUGUCUUCACUUCGUGGCUCUGCAGUAUCUAAACCUUCCCGUUUCUCUUCUCUCCAUAAUGAGAGAACUAGAAAUAACCCCAGCCAGACAGAGGCUUGGGAACCGUACUCAAGCAAGGUGGUUCCUGUGAAUGCUCGUAACCUUCCUGCCUCUGGGACCAGCAGUGUGGGGACCUCUGGUCAGGGCUUUGCCUCAAGCACAAUCCACCAAAUCCCUCAGAGUUUUGGUGGCUUUGCUAUCAGACGGCUGAAAAUACCUGUCGACCAAAAGGAAGUGAGUGUCGUCAAACUGCAGCAGCAGGCCUACGUGGCCCCCCGGCACCCGUUUUUGCUGCAGGCCUACGUUGCCCCCCGGCGCCCCUCUUUGCUGCAGCAGGCCUACGUUGCCCCCCGGCGCCCCUCUUUGCUGCAGCAGGCCUACGUUGCCCCCCGGCGCCCCUCUUUGCAACAGCAGGCCAAUGUGGGCCCCCAGCGUCCGUCCUUGCAGCAUGCCUACGCGGCACCCCGGCACCCGUCCUUGCAGCAGCAGGCCAAUGUGGCCCCCCGGCACCACUCUUUGCAGCACGCCUACGCGGCACCCCGGCACCCGUCCUUGCAGCUGCAGCAGGCCUACAUUGCCCCACAACGUCCGUCUUUGCAGCAGCAGGCCUACGUGACCUCCAAGCUCCCUCUGCAGCUUAAAAGCCAAAGGUCCAGAUUGUUCAUUCAGAAGCCAAAUGGAAGAUGGUCAGGCUACACCUCGGACAAUAAAAUCUAG